AGGGGGCGGGGGCAGGGGGCACUGUGACAGGAAGCGGCGCGCACAAGUUGGCCAUUUCGAGGGCAAAAUAAGUUCUUCCUCGGAUUUGGAAAGGACAAAGCCAGCGAGCGAGCUACCUCUUUUGUGUCGGAUGAGGAGGACCAACCAUGAGCCAGAGCCCGGGUGCAAGCUCAGUCGCCGCCGCUGCCACCGCGGUCAGCUCCAGUCCCCGCCAGGAGUUGUCGGUGAGAGGAAUUUGGUAACAGGCUCUGUUAGUCUGUUCCUCCCUUAUUUGAAGGACAGGCCAAAGAUCCAGUUUGGAAAUGAGAGAGGAGGACUAGCGGGCAACAUUGGCUUCAUCCAUUGAUAUCUCCCGGAGGUACAGAAGCAGGAUUCAUGAAGAUGUUGACAAGACUCCAAGUUCUCAUGUUAGCUUUGUUUUCAAAGGGAUUUUUACUCUCUUUAGGGGACCAUAACUUUCUGAGGAGGGAAAUUAAAAUAGAAGGUGACCUUGUUUUAGGGGGUCUGUUUCCUAUUAAUGAAAAAGGCACUGGAACUGAGGAAUGUGGGCGAAUCAAUGAGGACCGAGGGAUCCAACGCCUGGAAGCCAUGUUGUUUGCUAUUGAUGAAAUCAACAAAGACAAUUACUUGCUACCAGGAGUGAAGUUGGGUGUGCACAUUUUGGAUACAUGCUCAAGGGAUACCUAUGCAUUAGAGCAAUCACUGGAAUUUGUCAGGGCAUCUUUGACUAAAGUGGAUGAAGCUGAGUAUAUGUGUCCUGAUGGAUCCUAUGCCAUCCAAGAGAAUAUCCCACUGCUCAUUGCAGGGGUCAUCGGCGGCUCAUACAGCAGUGUUUCCAUACAGGUGGCAAACCUGCUAAGGCUCUUCCAGAUCCCUCAGAUAAGCUACGCGUCCACCAGCGCCAAACUCAGCGACAAGUCGCGCUAUGAUUACUUUGCCAGGACCGUGCCCCCGGACUUCUACCAGGCCAAAGCCAUGGCCGAGAUCCUGCGUUUCUUCAACUGGACCUACGUGUCCACCGUGGCCUCGGAGGGCGACUACGGGGAGACGGGCAUCGAGGCCUUCGAGCAGGAAGCCCGCCAGCGCAACAUCUGCAUCGCCACGGCGGAGAAGGUGGGUCGCUCCAACAUCCGCAAGUCCUACGACAGCGUGAUCCGCGAGCUGCUGCAGAAGCCCAACGCGCGCGUCGUGGUCCUCUUCAUGCGCAGCGACGACUCGCGCGAGCUCAUCGCCGCCGCCAGCCGCGCCAACGCCUCCUUCACCUGGGUGGCCAGCGACGGCUGGGGCGCGCAGGAGAGCAUCGUCAAGGGCAGCGAGCACGUGGCCUACGGCGCCAUCACGCUGGAGCUCGCCUCGCACCCCGUCCGCCAGUUCGACCGCUACUUCCAGAGCCUCAACCCCUACAACAACCACCGCAACCCCUGGUUCCGGGACUUCUGGGAGCAGAAGUUCCAGUGCAGCCUCCAGAACAAGCGGAACCACCGGCGCGCGUGCGACAAGCACCUGGCCAUCGACAGCAGCAACUACGAGCAAGAGUCCAAGAUCAUGUUUGUGGUGAACGCGGUGUAUGCCAUGGCCCACGCCCUGCACAAAAUGCAGCGUACCCUGUGUCCCAACACCACCAAGCUGUGCGAUGCUAUGAAGAUCCUGGACGGGAAGAAGUUGUACAAGGACUAUUUGCUGAAAAUCAACUUCACAGCUCCAUUCAACCCAAAUAAAGGUGCCGAUAGCAUUGUCAAGUUUGACACUUUCGGAGAUGGAAUGGGACGAUACAACGUGUUCAAUUUCCAGUACGUGGGUGGCAAGUAUUCCUACUUGAAGGUUGGUCACUGGGCAGAAACCUUAUCACUAGAUGUUGACUCUAUCCACUGGUCCCGGAACUCGGUCCCCACUUCCCAGUGCAGUGACCCCUGUGCCCCCAAUGAAAUGAAGAACAUGCAACCAGGGGAUGUCUGCUGCUGGAUCUGUAUCCCCUGUGAGCCCUACGAAUACCUGGCUGACGAGUUUACCUGUAUGGAUUGCGGCCUCGGGCAGUGGCCCACUGCAGACCUGUCUGCCUGCUUUAAUCUCCCCGAGGACUACAUCAGGUGGGAAGAUGCCUGGGCCAUUGGUCCAGUGACCAUCGCCUGCCUGGGCUUUAUGUGUACAUGCAUAGUUGUGACUGUUUUCAUCAAGCACAACAACACACCCUUGGUCAAAGCAUCAGGCCGGGAGCUCUGCUAUAUCUUGUUGUUUGGGGUUGGUCUGUCCUAUUGCAUGACAUUCUUCUUCAUUGCCAAGCCAUCACCAGUCAUCUGUGCUUUGCGUCGACUAGGGCUGGGGACCUCCUUUGCUGUCUGUUACUCAGCCCUGCUGACCAAGACAAACUGCAUCGCCCGCAUCUUUGAUGGGGUAAAGAAUGGAGCUCAGAGGCCAAAAUUCAUCAGCCCGAGUUCUCAGGUUUUCAUCUGCCUGGGUCUGAUACUGGUGCAAAUUGUGGUGGUGUCUGUGUGGCUGAUCCUGGAAGCUCCGGGCACCAGGCGCUACACCCUUCCAGAGAAGCGGGAGACAGUCAUCUUAAAAUGCAAUGUCAGAGAUUCCAGCAUGUUGAUCUCACUCACCUACGAUGUGGUCCUGGUGAUCUUAUGCACUGUGUAUGCCUUCAAAACUCGGAAGUGCCCAGAAAAUUUCAACGAAGCCAAGUUCAUUGGUUUUACCAUGUAUACCACGUGCAUCAUCUGGCUUGCCUUCCUCCCUAUAUUUUAUGUGACAUCAAGUGAUUACAGAGUGCAGACAACAACCAUGUGCAUCUCUGUUAGCCUGAGUGGCUUCGUGGUCCUGGGCUGUUUGUUUGCACCCAAGGUGCACAUCAUCCUGUUCCAACCCCAAAAGAAUGUGGUCACACACAGACUGCACCUCAACAGGUUCAGUGUCAGCGGAACGGGGACCACAUAUUCUCAGUCCUCUGCAAGCACGUACGUCCCCACGGUGUGCAAUGGGCGGGAAGUUCUCGACGCCACCACCUCAUCUCUGUGAUUGUGAAUUGCAGUUCAGUUUUCGUGUUUUUAGACUGUUAGACACAAGUGCUCACGUGCAGCUCCAGAAUAUGGAAACAGAGCAAAAGAACCCUAGUACCUUUUUUUUAGAAACAGUACAAUAAAUUAUUUUUGAGGACUGUACAGUAUAUAGUGAUGUGCUAGAACUUUUUAGGCUGAUUUUAGUGCCCCUAUUAUUAAUGAUUCCCCCAAAUGUGGAAAUAACCAUUGUUUACAGAGCUGAGCAUUGGUGACAGGGUCUGACAGGGUCAGUCUAAAAAAUAUGGUGGCAAUAUUAGGUAACUUUUUUUCCUAUGAAGUUUUUUGUAGGUCCUUGUUGUAACUAAUUUAGGAUGAGUUUCUAUGUUGUAUAUUAAAGUUACAUUAUGUGUAACAGAUUGUUUUUCUCAGCACAAAAUAAAAAAGCAUCUGUAUUAAUGUAAAAAUAUUGAGAAUAAAACCUUCAAGGUUUUCCAGCA